AGGACAUGGAGAGUUUGCUUAGUAGUAUCAGUCCUCUGAGCCACUCCACUAAGAUCUACAAGGAUCAGUGUGUCUACUGUUUUGAUACACCUCUCCACGGUCCUCUCUACAUUGACUUUGAGAAGUAUUGGGGCCACUGUUCUCAACAUGUCAACAAGCCGGGUGUAUAUUUGAAGCACGCGAAAGAAGUAAAGAGCGCAGGCCUGCUACAGACGACUCUGAAGAUCCUCCAGCUAAGAUAACAAGACUGGCUAUUGGCGUGGAGGGUGGAUUUGAGGAUAAAGAUAACUUUGAGUACCAGGAUAUAUACAGUAUUCACGUUCGUGGAGGAGAUGGAGCAGGACAGGAUCUAGACUUUGGGGGUCCCUCUAUACCAGACAUAGUUAGUCAAACUGCUAACAACGUCAUAGCUUUCUCCUCUGCAGGUCAGCAGGAUCAGAAUAACCAGUGGGAGGGAGAUGUCAGAGCAAAUUCCAAACAUUCCGAUACUUUAACCCAACUCAGCAAUGGUGUUCAGGUAGCCCCUGGACCAUGGAAGUGUUCCGUAGUCGGCUGUGAUAAAACAGACAACUUGUGGAUGAACCUAACUUGCGGUACCAUCUUUUGUGGCAGGAAAUACUUCGACGGUACGGGUGGUAAUAAUCAUGCUAUUGAUUACUACGAUCAGACUAAAUACCCGCUAGCUGUGAAACUGGGAACCAUUACUCCCCAGGGUGGUGAUGUGUACUCAUAUGAUGAAGAUGAUAUGGUAAUUGAUACCCAACUAGCCAAGCACUUGCGACACUUUGGUAUUGACAUGAUGCAGUGUCAACAGACUGAUAAGACCAUGAACGAGCUAGAAAUUGCUGCAAACAUGAACUUUAAGUUUGAGUGUGACAACAUUCUUGAGUCGGGUGUGGCUCUGAAACCGGUAUUUGGUUCCGGCUAUUUGGGUUAUGUCAACAUGGGUAACACUUGUUACAUGAACAGCGUGCUUCAGGUUUUAGUAAACUGUGUUGGAAAGAUUUCGAAUAAAUACUUAGCAAACGGCACUUCAAGCUCCCAGGUUCCAACUGACUUUGGGACACAGCUAAAGAACCUCAUUCAUUACACUCAAAAUCCUGGGAAGUAUUCUGUCGGUCCCGAGGAUUUGAAACCCGGGCAAGAAAACGGCGUAAGACCUGCGUUAUUGAAAUCGAUAAUCGGUCAAGGACACCCAGAGUUCUCUUCAACGAGACAGCAAGAUGCUCACGAGUUCUUUCUUCAUCUUAUCACUGUUUUAGAGAAAGAAGAACGUAAGACUCCCAAUUUGGCUUGCUCUGACGACCUGUGUUUCGAAGUGGAAGACAGAAUUCAGUGCAAUGCCUCUCAGAAGGUUCUCUACAAAUCUAGAAAAGAUUACUGUCUGUCCCUGCCCAUACCACUGGAAAAGGCAUCAAAUUUUACAGCUGCUAAAGCUUGGGAAGCUAAAAAGUCGGAGCUGGAAGCAGCUGGCGAGAAGAUCAAACCUGAAGACUAUGUUAAAUAUAACCUCAGUCUGGGAGACUGUUUUACAACAUUUUCAUCUCCUGAAGUGAUACAAGAUUUCCUGAGUCCCGAGACCGCACAGAAAGGGACUGCCAGUAAAACGACUGGUCUUAAAACAUUCCCUAACUACCUUAUGCUCCAAGCCCGAAGAUUUACCCUUACUGCCAACUGGCAGCCUAAAAAGUUGGAUGUUUUGCUGGAUGUACCAGAUGUGUUAGAUCUAGAACACUUACGAAGUAAUGGCCUGAAGCCUGGCGAGGUUGAAUUACCGGCCGGUCCAACUGAAGCUCCUCUUGAACCGGAUCCUGCUAUCGUAGAGAACUUGAUGAAUAUGGGAUUCGGUUUCGAGGCCUGUCGUAAGGCAGCCUAUCAUACUAAAAACGGUGGGACUGAACAAGCUAUGGAAUGGAUUUUCAGUCAUAUGGAUGACCCAGACUUAAAUGACCCGCUUGUAAUAGAGGCCCACAAAACUGCAACAUCUGAAGUUACUGUCAAUCAAGAUGACGUACAAAUGUUAUGUGCCAUGGGCUUCACAGUCCAACAGGGAACUAAAGCGCUAAAAAAGUGUGACAACAACCUUGAGCGGGCAGCAGAUUGGAUAUUUUCCCACGCCGACGAGCUCGACCAGGAAGAGCCCGCAAGUUCUCCCUCCGCCUCCUCCUCCCUGCCAGAUGGACCUGGGCGCUACAGGUUAAAAGCCUUUAUAUCCCACAUGGGUAGCAGCACGGCGUGCGGGCACUACGUCUGUCACAUCCGGGAUAAGGAGGGACGGUGGGUUCUGUAUAACGACGAAAAGGUUGCUCUGUCAGUCACGCCCCCUAAAGAUAUGGCUUAUAUGUAUCUUUAUGAGAGGAUGUAAAGGUCGCUUUUAAUUUUCUAGAAGGUGGUGACAAGGAUUUUGUUCUAUAAUUGUGGACUGAAAAAUAAUUUAGUUCUCAUUUCAAUGGAU